AUGGCGACCCUUCGUCAGUAUAUCAGCCUGCGAGAUGCCGCCAGGGAGGAUGUGACUAGAGCCCACACCUUACCUGACGGUGGCUCAUCCUCCGGCACCUCCACUCCGGACGAGAAGGAGAGGGCUCUCAUUCCUGGCGUUGAACUAUCUCGCCCCAAUGAGAACGAUGGCUCCGUCACCUACGUCGUUGGCUGGAAGGAGGGCGAUCCCCUCAACCCUCAGAACUGGACCCGUGCCAGAAAAUGGAUCUGUACAGCCACGGUCUGUCUGAUCGCCCUGGCUGUCAGUAUCCCCGGUACCAUCGAUGCUCCCAUUUCGGCUGCUUUCAACGAGAAGUACCACGUCGGUGAAAUUGCCGGUACCAUGGUCACUGGAAUGUACCUCAUUGGCGUGGGUGUGGGUUCUCUCUUCGCCGGACCCUUCUCGGAGACAUUUGGCCGCAAUGCGGUUUACUUCAUCACUCUGAUUGUCUUCAUGCUGUUCAUCCUGGCUAAGGCCUUGGCGCCCAACUAUGGGGCCGCCAUUGUCUUCCGCUUCAUCCAGGGUUUCUUUGGUGCUGCCCCCUUGACGGUCGGAGGUGGUACCGUGGGUGAUAUCUGGGGUCCUCUCGAUGUCACCUUCAGUCUGCCAUUCGUGACCAUGGCCUCGUACUCGGGUCCUAUUCUCGGCCCCAUCAUCGGUGCCUACAUCCCUGCCGACAAGUCGAACUGGACCGACUGGAUCUCCCUCAUUAUUGCCGGUGCCGUGCUUGUCUUUGUCGCUAUGUUCCAGCCCGAGACCUACGGUCCCACCUUGUUGUCAUGGAGGGCCAAGCACCUGCGUGCUGCCACCGGAGACUCCCGCUACCAGGUCGACGAGUCUGCUUCCACCAGCUCGCUGGGCAGCCGUCUCCUUGUCAACGUCUACCGCCCCUUCCAGAUGACCAUCACGGAGCCCAUCGUCCUGCUCUUCUCCUUCUACCUGAUCCUGCUGUACAUUGUCCUCUUCACCUUCCUGAAUGGAUUCCCCUUCAUCUUCACGCAGACCUACGGCAUCUCCAACUCGCUCACCUUCAUCAUCUGGGUGGCCAUGUUGGCGGGUGAUGCUGUCGCCAUCUUGCUCAUUCCGCUGAUCUACGGCUGGACCAAGAAGGCGGCGGUCAAGGCUGCGACCAACGGCACCGCUCUGCAGGCCGAGGUGUCUCUGUACUGGGCCAUGGUUGGUGGCUCUUUCUUGAUGCCGAUCUCCUUGUUCUGGAUGGGCUGGACCUGUUACUCGGACAUCAGCAUCUGGUCCCCCAUCAUCGCGACCUUCGUGUUCGGAUACUCGCUGGUCACCAUCUUCACGGCGACCUACCUGUACAUUGUCUUCGUGUACACCGUCUACGCCGGAUCCGCGCUGGGCUUCAUGACCUUCAGCCGGUACGUCAUCUCGGGUGCCCUGCAGCCCGCCUCGAUCCCCAUGUACCAGCACAUGACCCCGCACUGGGUGCUCACGCUGGUCGGUAUCCUGGCCACCAUCAUGGCGCCCAUGCCCUUCCUGCUGUACAAGUACGGCCACCAGAUCCGCGCCAUGUCCAAGAACGUGCAGAACAAGGCCUAGACGAUGUCAAUCUUGAGCUCAAACGCAAGACCAAGAGUGCAAUCCACACGAGCAGCACAACACCCCGACAACCGAGCGCACCCUCUCCAGCGCACCUGCACCAAGUUCGAAUAAACCACCUCGUAAAGAGAUAUCCAUAGACCGGCGACCGGCGAUUGGGGAGAUCUCCUCAACGCGCACCGUAUAAUUUGCGAAUUUCCCUUCUGAGACACCCCCUUUUAUCUGUUUUGACUGUUUUGAUUGUUGUGGUUCUUGAUUCCCUUCUACCAUGCAUAUAUCCAUGUGCGAAGAGCAAAAUGUUGGAUCCUAAUGUUUUCUACAAGGAGGUGAUUGAAAUUUGAUUUUUUUUGGAUCUGGAUUGAUGAAACAUGAUGCGCGAUGAGACACUAAUGGGCUUUAUUUAAUGAAUUGGAAGAGAUGGAAUGAUUUUUGACUUGAUAGAUAUACCUUAGAUUGUUUACGACUGUUUUGUG